AUUUGACAGUUUUGCAACUAAUCCGAUGUUUUGAAUGGAUUGUUUACAAUCGAAUACAAUCAUCCUCAUCUGUAAUUAAGUGGAAAAUAGAUCGUGAUAAUGAGUAACAUUUACAUUCAGGAGCCCCCAACGUCGGGCAAGAUUCUACUGAAAACAUCCGUUGGUGACAUCGAUAUCGAACUGUGGACUCGUGAAGCGCCGAAAACAUGCAGAAAUUUCAUUCAAUUAUGCAUGGAGGGAUACUACAACAACACAAUUUUCCAUCGGCUGGUCAAGGGAUUCAUUGUACAGGGUGGCGAUCCGAAUGGAGACGGAACUGGCGGCGAAUCUAUCUACGGCGGUACAUUCAAAGACGAAUUCCACAGUCGGUUGCGAUUCACGCGUCGCGGUCUACUUGCUAUGGCCAAUUCGGGUCGAGAUGACAACGCGUCCCAGUUCUUUUUCACAUUGGGCGAAGCGAUGGAACUGCAGAACAAGCACACCAUAUUCGGUAAGGUUACCGGCGACACCGUUUUCAAUAUGCUGAAGUUGGAGGAGGGAAUCGUUGACCAUAACGAACGGCCAAUGUAUCCGCACAAGAUAUUGAAGGCGGAAAUACUGUUGAAUCCGUUCGAUGACAUUGUGCCCAGAGUGACGGGACGGGAGGAGAAAAAGGAAAAGAAACAGAAAAGGGAGAAGGGAGUCAAGAAUUUCGGUCUCCUUUCGUUUGGCGAUGAAGGUAAGACAUUUGAUGGCAAGAAGGGUUCGAAAGGAACUGCUAUGGGUGACUUCAUCUCCCAUAUGUGGGAGGGUCUGCGUACAAAAGAAGAGAGGAUCAAUUCUUCCGAUUCUGUUCUCCGUACGCACACUCCCCUCGAAUUUCUAUAUCCGGAAGAGUCUUACAUCAUUACGCUCUGCUAUUUACUUACAGCCGAAGAAGACGAAGAGCAAACAAAUGAGUUCGUUCAAAAGGUGGCCGGUAAGGCGAAAUCAACGCACGACGUCCUGGACGAUCCGAAACUGAGCAAAGAAACGGGAACGUUUGUUAAAGUGGAAAAAGAUGACGACGAACCAUUCGAAACCAAUGAGUCCGAAGAUCCCGAGGAAGUUAUGGCAAAAAUCAGAAAUAAAUUGAAAUCGUCACGGUCCAGCGAAAAGCGCAACGAGCGAGCGCCCGAAAAGAAUGAAUCCAAAGUGGAAGAAAUUGUACCUGUGUCCGACUCGGACAGUGACGAAUUCGGCAACGAACUGGAGCGAGAACGACAAAUUAAGAGGAAGAAGAAGGCCGACGAGAUCCGCGAACAGAUCGUUUCGCUGAAGAAGGAAUACAGCAAAGACAAAAAGGCGAAGAAUCAAUUGUUGGAAAAGGAGGUGACGGCCAAAGAGGAGAAGAAAGUCACCAACGAACUGGUGGCACAGUACGAAAGUGAACAGAGGAAAUAUUCCCACCUGCAAAAGGAUAUGCCGAAGAAGGGAGCGCUGAGGGAACAGCAGACAUUGGCACUGUUAUCGAAAUUCAAAAAUAAACUGGAGAAAGCGAAGGAAAAAGAGGAAGAGGCCGAAGGGGAAUCGUCGUCGAGGCGCAUCAGAGCCGUUAAUGACAACAAUGACGAUGAUAUCGUUGGAGACGACUGGUUGUCACAUACACUUCAAUUUGAGCACAGUGCCGUUGCUGUGUUAGCGAAGGACGCCUCUACUAAACAGGACGAUUGGUACGACGUUUACGAUCCACGGAAUCCGUUGAAUAAACGUAAACGCGGCGAUAAGCCAGGCGGUAGUAGCAGUCGAUCGAACAGGAAAUAAAA